CGUAACUGUGGAGUACAUGAGCUGAUCUGCGUCAGAAAAGUCUCUCCAGAGGUGCUGGGGUUUCUGACAGCCAUCGGACUCUUCAUCAUCCUCAUGACUUUCCUGUUUUGGUACCUCAACAAUAAGUUGGCACUAGAGAACCCAGGAAGCCUUCAGUGCCUUGAUGAAUUCAGGAAAACCACUGAGCUGCAAGAUAAGGUCUACUCCGACGCUGACUUGCAGGCUUCAUCGUCAGACAGCGAGGAUGAACUGAUGGGUCAGUAUCAGGAAGCGGUCAGCCGCUCCCAGGGCCUCAGAGGAGGAGCCAAGGUGUCCUCUAAUGCCAAGCACACUGGAGGAUUCAGCUGGGAGAGCCGGCAGAAGUACAGCCCGCUUACUGCUGAUUAUGAUGGCUACAGCAGUGAAGCCUCAGCUGAUGAUGUCAACUGCAUCCAGAGGAUGAGACGGACGCCGCCACUGGAUGAGCUUCAGCCACCGCCCUAUCAGGAUGAGAAUGGCUCUCCGAGGAUGUCCUGCACGCUGUCAGAUCUGGGUGAUGCCAAGUGUGAUCUGUCCCACACCAGCGGUAGCCCCCACCUCUCUUUUGGCAAGUGUCCCAGUGAGGGCAGCGACGGCCCCGAGACUGAGAGUUACCUCAACAAGGGCUAUGAGGAGGACGUGCCCAGUGACAGUACAGCUGUCCUCAGCCCAGAGGAUAUGUCAGCCCGUGGAUCAGCAGCCCAGCUACCGAAAGGUUAUGAACCAGAUCCUGUUGCAAAAUACGGGACCCUCGACAUCGUGUUUGACUACAACUCAGAGGAGCAGCAGCUGUCUGUAACCAUCAUGGCAGUAACCGACCUUCCCAGCUACAAGCGCACCGGUAACAUCUCCUGGCAGGUUCAUCUGGUGCUUCUGCCCACCAAGAAACAGAGGGCGAAGACGGGGAUCCAGAGAGGCCCGUGCCCCAUCUUCACGGAGACCUUCCGCUUCAGCCAUGUGGAGUCAGAGAUGAUCAGCAAUUAUGCUAUCAGAUUUCGCCUUUACAGCAUGCGACGAAUGAAGAAGGAGAAGGUGCUCGGGGAAAAGGUGUUCUACCUCACCAAGCUCAACCUUCAGGGCAAAAUGUCGGUGCCGGUCACAUUAGACCCAUGCUGUGCACUCCCGGGUGGCGAAUCCCAGGUCAGCCUCUCAGAUAUGACAUGCAGUGAAAGCGCCUCGUCAUUCCAGUCAGUCAGUCAGGCUUCCACACCGGAGAUCCUCGUGGGCCUGGUUUACAACGCCACAACAGGACGUCUCUCUGUGGAAGUCAUCAAAGGCAUCCACUUCAAAAACCUGGCUGCUAACAAACCACCCAAUACAUAUGUUAAGCUGACCUUACUUAACUCCAUGGGCCAUGAGAUGUCCAAGUGUAAGACCUCCAUCUGUCGAGGUCAGCCCAACCCAACCUACAAAGAGACGUUUGUCUUCCAGGUAGCUCUUUUCCAGCUCUCGGACGUCACGCUCAUCCUAUCCGUCUACAACAAGCGCAGCAUGAAGCGCAAGGAGAUGAUUGGUUGGAUUUCGCUGGGCCUCAACAGCUCUGGAGAGGAGGAGCUCACCCACUGGACUCAGAUGAAAGAGUCUAAAGGACAGCAGGUUUGCCGCUGGCACAGCUUGCUGGAAUCUUAAUGGCACAGCAAGAUGGCGCGCGGGCAUAGCUACACGGCGCCGCCGCCAUCUUUGUCUCAGAUGGGCAGGAAAUGGAAAUGUUCAACUGGGAAGCGGGAGUGCGAUGCCGUCCAAUGAACCAGCGUCAGUGGUGAUGAAGAGACGGGAACACAACCACAUCUGCACUCAGUUUCUCAGCUCGGCAUGGCAUAAGCGAUUUCAUGGCUCUGUUUGGCUAAACAGUCAUGAAUUAGUUUUAUGAUGAGACAUGCUAUUUUCCAUAUACUGCCGUGUAAUGACCUUUAAGUUUUUGUAGAUGGCAUCUUUUUGUCUGCUGAGCCGGUUUAGCUGGGGCUAAAGAUCAUUGAGCAAAUUACACCUGGUAGCCAUAUGUACCCACACCUCCAGCCGCAUAAAUACAAGUAGGAGUUUCUAAAGAAGGUUUUAAUUUUUGUAAUUAUAUUUUUUUAACAAAUAUUUUCCAGACCACCUCUUAGCAGAUCCUUAUCUUAAAAUUUAGCUAGAGACAACUUCUUACCUGGAAAUGUCAAACGAGGCUGGACAUUACCAUUGUGUCAUCCCCAUCGACUUCAAAAGCACAAGAAGUUUGGCAGAUUUUAAAAUGGCAGUUCUACAAUGGUGUAAAAUAGGGACUGUAAAAUAAUUAAAAAGGAAAAAAGCUUCCCACCUGAAGGUUCCUGUACUUCUUUAAAAUACUACAAGCAAUCUGAAGUGCUUCAGUCAAAGGCAGCUGGACUCCUUUUAGGUUUUUGAAAACAUCGUCACCUCUCACCUGAAAGGGUUAUUUGCACCUAAAGAAGAAGAGACUGUGAAAUACAAAUGUUCAGAUUUUGGAUUCACGCCUCCACUCACGUAAGCAUAACUCAUGAUCUUAGGUGGCGCACUAGACAGCAUUCCGAAUCAGUCUUUAGAACUGAAAACAAUCUUCUGAAUGAAAAGUAAAACCUCUUCAGGAACCUAAAGCGAGUGCAGCUGCCUUCAGUUCAAACACUUUAGAUUACCAUUAGACGACUGAGAACCCAUUCAGUCAUAAAUAGUAAAAAGGGACUCAUGGGGGAGGUCAAACUAGUCACCAUGGAACUUCCAUAAAAUCCUAGUUCAUACAUUGGGAAUGAGGUUCAUGUACCUCAAAGUGCAAGCCUUGGCUUGUUUAGGAUAUAACAAAGAGUGACAAUCCAAACAGCAACAGCAAAACAUUUAACUCAGUCAGAAUGCAUUAAUGGUAAAUCAAAAAAGAUAAAGCAAUUAGAAGAGAUAAGGAGCCAUGGAUAAGGACCUGUAAACAAAGAAGCAAAAGGCCGGUCUAACAGCAAACAGGAACUUCCAAAGCUAAAAGAAGAAAAGAGACACCAGUGUGUAAGCGCAAAAACCAUUUGAGGUUGGUUCCAAACGUGAGUCAGUCCCCAUAGACUCCCACUUUAAAAUCCCCAAUGAAAAGCAUUAAAAUCAUUAAAAUGUUUAUAGUCUGUUUAUGGUCCAUCAGCUAAGCCCAUUCUCUACUAAUUGGAGUCACUGAACUGGAUCUCUCCACUGUGUUUAUGCUGUUUGUAGCACCUCUAAUAGAAUUGUCUAACACAUAAAAGAGCUUGCUGUGUGGUACAAACCAUCCAAGAAAUCUCUCACUCCACCCUUUUGUCUACAUAUCAUUAAUUCUGGGUCCAAAAAUCUAGUAUAGCAAAAAUACUGAGUCCAAACCAAUGAACGCCUUUAUGGUGUCCAUCUUUUACAUAGUCCAUAGAACUUCUCCAGAUGUCUGAUGUGUGAGUCGGAGGUGUGGAUACACAGAGCUACCAUUACUGGUCAUGCUAACUGCACUGACUCUUUCUCUUUGGACCAAAAAAUGACAUUUAACCUCCUACAGUUCACCUUCCCUCUGUCUUCAGGCUUUAGAAGAUCUGGACUGUGACCGGAGACUUUGCACUGGCAGGUCUUUUUAUCAGACGUGACCAGCUGAUUGGUAACGAUCAUGUCUUAAAUCAGAAAUUAUAUUUUAGUGGAUGUUUAGAACAGAGAAGGGAGCACUAGAGGAAGAGGACUUUUCAUUUUCUUAUUUUGUUUGUUCACCUUUUUUCUGACUGCAGCUUUAAUCACUAUCACAUCAUUUUAGAAACAUGCAUGCCACAUGCUCCGUCCAGGGUACCUAUAAAUGGGACAAUUAUAAAGUGAAUAUAGGGACUUUUUCAAUUUUAAAUGUCCUUUACCAAAGUUUAUUUCAUCACGCUGCAUUGUAACCUGUGCAGUUUCAUUCAGGGUGGUGGGAGGUUAUAAGGCAGUCAUAAGAAAAACAAAGUCAAUUCUAAGGUUUUUAUGUAUCAGGAAAAAAUGUUAAAAAUAAUCUAGGACUUAGCUGGUCUUAAAAGUACAUCGUCAGAUGAACAGUUUUUAGUACGCCCCUCUGUUACCGACCACAUUUAUUUUGUCCUGAUGAGUAAAACCUUAGAAUUGAUACUUUCGUUUUCAUGGCUGUAGAUUGAGUGAGAAUUAUUACACUUUAAUGAAUUCCUCUCUGCCGACACUACUGAGUUACAAGCAUAGCUUCUCAAGCAUCUCAAGCUUAAGUAGAAUAAAUAAAUGUGAAGAAUAAUAGAAGGUGUCAGACACGCCCUGACAUCACUGCCAGGGUUUGUGUCGAGAUGACAUUCAAUAGUGAUCAUGGAGAAGAAAUGAGUGUUUCAGAUUGUCGAAUAUUUAUAGAAAACACCAGUUGGAGGACACAUUGACUGACUGGGAUAUGCUAUAUGUAGGUUAGUUAGAUGGUUUUGUGAACAUGACUUUUCAUUCGAAGGUUACACGCAAUGUCACGAUUCUUUAAAGAAAUUUCCGACACCUUUUUGAAUAUAAACGGCUCAUUAAAUCACAGCUAACAGGUGAGACUAAAUCCUACUUGUUACCUUUUUCUAACCUGCUCUGGUGCUAUAAGAGAGCUGUGGGUGUCCACACAGAAGCCCUUGCCUUAUGGUUUUUAGUCAGUUCAUCAACUUCUUAAAGAGUUCAAAACACAGACACACCCUGAGAGCACACAGACCUGCAUCCACACUUACAGAAAGCACACGCAGUGCAGCACCACUCAGCCUCGCUGGAGGGAAUUCAAACUUUUGAGGCGAUUUCAUUACGGCAGCGAGCACCGACAACCCUGCAGACUGUCUACGGGCUUUUUAGCUGCAGCCGCUUUAUCUUUGCGUUUCAUAUACAGAUAAAAAAAAAUAUAUAUAUACUCUUUACUGUGCCUGUGGUUGUGGUGAAAGGUAGCUUUGUGCAGUGUUUACCAAGUGUGUGUGUGCGUGUGUGUGUGUUGACUGGAGAAGGUACAGUAAAGGGGGCGUGGGAGGGGGCUGUGAUGUAGGUAGAGUUGUUGCAUUUUCUUGUUGGGUGUAACCGUUUCUGAUUUCAAUUACUGGUUAUUAGAAGAAAACAAGCCAAGUCCUGAUUGUCUGACAUAUGCUUUAUAUUAGUAACUGUUUUAUCUAUUUUUGUAUCAGCAGCCGGGAGAAGAAAAUGUGUCAAGCCAGUUAUUAGUGAAUCAAAUAUUAACCGACUCCGUGAGCAAUACUGUUUGAAUUGCUACUCUUUAUGAUUCAGUUUGUUUACGUGGGGGAAGCAACACACGUCUUAUAGCUCAGGUCUUAUUUACGUUCCCUUUUCUAAAACCAGAGAGGGGUGUGAUGGAGACCGGCUGAGUUCAUCUCAAAGCAAUCUGUCAAGACUUCUCAGCUUUGAUGCUUUCUAACAGCUUGAAACAGAAGCACAGCCUUUACAGCACAACAGUGAAACACACAAUGCGAAAGACCAAAGCUCAUUUGGAAGUGUAGAGAUGCACCUGUAAUCUGAAUCCAAAAGGUUUUUAUUUUAUGGGAUCAGCCUGGAGCCUUUGAGUGAAUUUGUAUAGUGUGAUAUUUGAUUACCUGUGGGGGGGAGAAAAUGGGGGGGUGGAAUUCAACAGAAGACGUGCAGGGAUAUAUUAAAGUGGGAUCACAGGCCCCAUAGUUAAUAAUAUUACAAUAUUAUUAUCAGUAAAGUAACAGAUGAAAAAUAUUAACACUGCUGGGAAAAAAAUCCUCUUCUCUGAAAAUAUAAUUAUGCUGGAGAGAAUUAGUACCUGAAAACCAACUGGAAAUGUUAUCCGUAACACUUGAUCCAUGAUUCAUGUUCCCUCCAAAUAUGGAAGCAAAAGAAGGCCAAAACAUUUGACUUCUAGAUACUGUUACGUUUAUAGAUUUGAAAAAAUGAAAAUGCUUUCACGUUGUAAUACUUCAGAAAUGUUGUUAAAGUGUUUUUAGAGUUUGCAAAAACCAGAAAGCAAUACUAUCACAAAAGGAACAACAUCAUACAAUCUGGACUGCCUUUAGCUCUGAUGACAGCAUUCGACGUGGGAUCAUUUUGAUAAAUUUAUCCAGCAUUUUUUUCCAUCUAGAACUGCAUUCAUUUCUCACUAUUAUCUUGUUUGACAAUGGGAGAGGCAGAAAUCCCAAAUAUUCUCAGUGGCCUUAAGAUCUGGACUCUGGCCAUGGGCGUCUUUGAAUAUGCCCGUGACAUCAGGGGAGAAAAACAUCCAUUGAUAGAAAAACCUGGUCAUUCACUAUGUUAAAGCUGUGAGUAUAUCAGCAUAUAUAUGUACCAGUAUAUUCAGGAAGUCAGCUAACCUCAUUUUUUUUAAACGUACAAUUUGCUGAACCUAAGGCUUGCCCAGCAGGUACGAGGCAUGAUGGGCGCAUGACUUCAUCACCCCUCGUUAGUUAGCCAUAAGUCUAGAGCAAGGUAAAUCUGGACCACAUGACCUUUUACCAUUGCCCCAGAGUCCAGUCCUUAUGAUCCCAGCAACGUGCAGCCCAUUUUUCUGAUUAGCCACACAGAUAAGUGGUUUUCUUAAGUCUUAAUUUCAUAUCUAUGAUGACUGUGGUCGAAUCUGAUUUCACCAAGUUUUUAAGUGAUUGUGAUCAUGAUCAGUCAAGUUUUUUUUUCUUUCCAGAUUUCAAUAAUGUGUUGUACAUUUCUUAACCCGGCUUUAGUACUUUCAGCUUCUCCAAAGUUGUUUUCCUUGCUUGUUGGAGGGCAAUAAUUUGACUCCUCUGCAAUAGAGCAGUGCAUUUUGGGGGGGUUUUUAGGAAAGAGAAUCUACUAAUUUCAUCAACUGAAACAAACAUUUUUGUCCUCAAGCAGCUGCUCAAGGACCCGAUGGCCAACUACUUCAUCUGCUGCCAGCAUGUGAGACCAUGAAGUGCUUUAGAAACAAGUGAAAAUACUUGAAAGUCAUUUUAAAAUGCAGAAUUUAAAGUUUUAGGUUAGUUCAGGGUCAUUUGAAGAAGUUAAGAUGUACAACAGCAAACUUUUGACAUAUGAAUUUUCUGUUUAAUGUGGUCUGUUUACAAAAACAGAAGUAAAAUUUCCAAUCGGGAAAUUAAAAACAGAUCUCUGUACAUUUAAAUUCAGUGCAGUGUACACAUUUAAACUCUGCUGGUCUUCUUUUGCUUCCGUACCAAACGACAGAAACCUGUUUAACAUCCCUUUGACGAGCUCUGAAUGUGUUAAUCUUUCACAGGCUGUGUUCCACUAAUUACGUGUUCAGACUUGUACGUUUGCUGCAUCGUUUCUUACGCUUUCGUUUAAUUUACAAGAUUUUAAGAAUUUUCUGGUUUUUAAGGCUGGUUUUAAUUUGUGAUUUUAUUUUAUUUUUUAGAAACUACCUAUGCCACAGAGGCAUCGGUGCCUUACUGUUUUUCACUCAGCAACCUUGUGUUACAGUGUCUUAACGUACCUGUAAAUGUAUUUUUCUCCUGUACUUUGGACUGACUUUGAUUUGUAAACUGUCUUAUUAAUUGACUUCUGAUAGAGAAUUUCUAUGUGAUAAUAUUGUUUAAAAAAGAAAAAAAAAACAAAGAAACAUCAUCAUGUAAGAGGUUUUUUUUUAUUGAAUUGUGUGUUGCAUUUGAAUCAAUGUCCUAAAAUUUGCCUUAAAUUGCAUUUCCACAAAAUAACCAACAGG